ACCACAAGCAACAAAUCCACCACCCAUCCCUCCGCCGCCCACCCACCCACUGGAGCAGGGGAGCGAGCGCGAUUCCGCCGGCGUGCGUCCCCGGGAUCCCGGUUUUGUCGUCGCGUUUUUGGUGCCUUCGAUCCUCCCGAGGCUGGCGGUAGCAGCCGCCACCGCCACUACCACGACCACGACCACGCGCACGGCGGGCGGCAGGCAGGUGGGCAGUUGGUGGAGGCUCCACCGCAUUCACUUGACCAAAUGGCGGCCAAUAAUAGCGAGGCGGUCCUUGGGGAGGGGGAGGGAAGGGGCGUGAAGCACGAGGCUGGGGAGGAGGCGGUGGGGGAGGGGAAGCCAGCGGCCGCUGCCGCCCAGGCGCCCGCGGCGAUGCUGCCCCGCUCGGGGUCGCGCCCGCAGCUGGACCUCAGCGGCGCGGCGAUCCACGGCACCUCGGAGGACCGCAACCCCACCAUCCUGCUGCCCAACCAGUCCGACGACAUCUCCCACCUCGCCCUCGACAUCGGUGGUUCUCUUAUAAAGUUGGUCUAUUUUUCUCGGCAUGCGGAACAUUCCAAUGAGGACAAGCGUAAGAUGUCUACGAAGAGAAGACUUGGGAUGUUAAAUGGUGGCAGGAGGAGCUAUCCUGUUCUUGGAGGGAGGCUCCACUUUGUGAAGUUUGAGACUGGAAAGCUAAGUGAAUGUUUGGACUUCAUUUCUUCCAAACAACUACAUCGUGGUGGGGUUGAUUCACCUUCGUGGCGCUCAGGAGCUCAGCCUGAUAAUAUCGUAAUCAAGGCAACAGGUGGUGGAGCAUUCAAAUACGCUGAUCUCUUCAAGGAAAGAUUGGGAGUCAGUCUUGAAAAGGAAGAUGAAAUGGACUGCCUUGUAGCUGGAGCAAAUUUUUUGCUUAAGUCUAUACGCCAUGAAGCAUUUACGCACAUGGAUGGCCAAAAGGAAUAUGUGCAGAUUGACCAGAAUGAUCUGUUUCCAUUCCUUCUUGUUAAUGUGGGGUCUGGUGUCAGCAUAAUCAAGGUUGAUGGGCAUGGAAAGUUUCAACGAGUAAGUGGAACAAAUGUUGGUGGUGGCACAUACUGGGGGUUGGGGAGGUUAAUGACAAAGUGCAAGAGUUUUGACGAGCUACUAGAGUUGAGCCAGCGUGGAGACAACAGCACAAUUGACAUGCUUGUAGGAGAUAUUUAUGGUGGUCUGGACUACUCCAAGAUUGGCCUUUCAGCGUCAACAAUUGCCUCUAGUUUUGGGAAGACAAUUUCAGAUAACAAGGAGCUAUCAGAUUAUAGACCUGAGGAUAUUUCACUCUCUCUGCUGCGGAUGAUUUCAUAUAACAUUGGGCAGAUAUCCUAUCUUAAUGCACUCCGAUAUGGACUUAAGAGGAUAUUUUUUGGGGGAUUCUUCAUUCGUGGUCAUGCCUACACUAUGGACACAAUUUCUUUUGCUGUAAAUUUCUGGUCAAAAGGUGAGGCACAAGCCAUGUUUCUGCGCCAUGAGGGUUUUCUAGGAGCACUUGGUGCAUUCAUGAGUUACGAGAAGCAUGGUCUUGAUGACUUGAGGAUACAUCAUUUGGUUGAACGCUUCCCAAUGGGUGCUCCAUAUGUUGGUGGAAAAAUUCAUGGGCCUCCUCUUGGGGAUCUCAAUGAGAAGAUAUCAUGGAUGGAGAAGUUUGUGCAGAAGGGUACUCAGAUUACAGCACCUGUACCUGUUGGAUUUCCUGCGACAACAGGUAUGGGAGGUUUUGAAAGGCCUACUGCCAAGGGAGACAUUUUGCGGUCAGAUGCAAGUGCAGCUCUAAAUGUUGGUGUUCUCCAUCUUGUACCCACAUUGGAUGUCUUUCCGCUGUUGGAAGAUCCAAAGAAGUAUGAACCAAACACAAUUGAUCUCGACCUGAAUGAGUACAAGUACUGGUUCAAGGUUUUGUCAGACCAUUUGCCUGACCUUGUGGACAAGGCGGUUGCUAGUGAAGGUGGGACUGAUGAUGCCAAAAGGAGGGGUGAUGCAUUUGCACAUGCCUUUUCUGCUCACUUGGCAAGGUUGAUGGAGGAGCCUGCUGCUUAUGGGAAGUUUGGUCUAGUCAACCUGUUGGAGCUGAGAGAGGAAUGCCUAAGAGAAUUCCAGUUUGUCGAUGCAUAUGUUAGCAUUAAGCAAAGGGAAAAUGAAGCUUCUCUGGCUGUUUUACCUGAUCUCCUUAUGGAACUUGAUAGUAUGAAUGAGGAAGCUAGAUUGCUUGCACUAAUUGAGGGUGUCCUCGCUGCAAACAUAUUUGAUUGGGGUUCUCGAGCUUGUGUGGACCUUUACCACAAGGGAACUAUAAUUGAAAUUUAUCGCAUGAGCCGUAAGAAGAUGCAACGUCCUUGGCGGAUUGAUGACUUUGAUAUGUUUAAAAAGAGAAUGCUUACUGAUAAGAAGGGCCAGCCAUACAAAAGAGCACUGCUUUUUGUUGAUAACUCGGGUGCUGAUGUGGUCCUUGGAAUGAUUCCUUUAGCACGAGAAUUAUUACGCCAUGGAACUGAGGUGGUUUUGGUUGCAAAUUCAUUGCCUGCUUUGAAUGAUGUCACCGCUAAUGAACUUCCAGGAAUUGUUGCUGAAGCUGCAAAGCAUUGUGGUAUACUUAGGAAAGCCGCAGAGGCAGGUGGAUUGAUCUUUGAUGCAAUGGCUGGCAUCCAAGAUGAUUUGAAAGAUGAACCAGUUUUAGUUCCCCUUAUGGUUGUUGAGAAUGGAUGUGGCAGUCCGUGUAUUGAUUUCCGGCAGGUUAGCUCAGAGCUUGCAGCUGCCGCAAAAGAUGCAGAUUUGUUAAUCUUAGAGGGCAUGGGGCGAGCACUCCAUACCAACCUCAAUGCCCAUUUUAAGUGUGAUACUCUAAAGCUUGCUAUGGUCAAGAAUCAGAGAUUGGCAGAAAAACUUUUCAAUGGAAAUAUAUACGACUGCAUCUGUAAAUUUGAACCUGUUCCGUGACUGGUAUGCUCUUUCAUAGGAGCACCUAAUAACAGGUGCAUCUCACUUCAUCUGUAACCAGUGGGAUCAUUGUAUUAGCAUUGUCACAUGACCAAAGAAAAAAGAAAGGCAGAUAUACGGCAGGAACUAAAAAGAUCCUCCUAAGCUACUAAAUGCUCCUUACAUGGUAAAGAAUCGAAGUGUUGUUGUGAAUAGCGUUGUCUAAACAAUUUUCCUGAACUUUUGUGCUAGGGCAGGGAGUAGCAAUACAAUAAAGGUGCUUAUCUAAACAAUUUUCCUGAA